AUCUAUAUGAUUAUGUAAACCCUAAAACGGGUAAACAUUCUCCAUUGGUAUCCAGCGCCUUAAUGAAGGUAGUUAAGGCCAACCAACGCGUACUUGAUUCUACAAUCGACUAUCAGCGUGAUUUCAACUACAAUUACUUUGGCUUUAAGACAUUGGAGCACUCAUAUCUUCUUAAAAUCGAUAAUAAAGUUCAUGAACGUCCUCAGCAUAUGCUGAUGAGAGUCUCAAUUGGUAUUCACUUUGAUGACAUAGAGGCAGUCUGUGAAACCUACAACUUGAUGUCCUUGAAGUGGUUUACUCACGCUUCCCCCACUCUCUUUAAUUCUGGUACACCAAGGCCCCAGAUGUCCAGCUGUUUUCUUGUCACAAUGAAGGAUGACAGCAUUGAGGGCAUUUAUGAUACACUCCGGCAAUGUGCCCUUAUUUCUAAAAGUGCUGGGGGUAUUGGUGUAAAUGUUCAUUGCAUACGCGGCACUGGUACCUAUAUUGCUGGUACGAAUGGUUACUCCAAUGGACUUGUGCCAAUGUUACGUGUUUUUAACAAUACUGCUCGCUACGUCGAUCAGGGUGGUAACAGGAGGCCUGGUGCCUUUGCCAUCUAUCUCGAGCCAUGGCAUACGGACAUUCUCUCCUUCGUAGAAUUACGCAAGAACACUGGUGCAGAAGAGGUUCGUGCUAGGGAUCUUUUUUAUGCCCUUUGGAUCCCCGAUCUGUUUAUGCGCCGUGUUGAGGCUAAUGGCGACUGGAGUCUUAUGGAUCCGCACGAAUGUCCUGGCCUUUCUGAUUUGUGGGGUGAUCAAUUUGAUUCACUUUACGAAAGGUAUGAAAGGGAGGGCAAAGCGAGACGAACUCUUCCGGCUCAGGAAGUCUGGUAUGCCAUUAUUGAAGCACAAAUAGAAACUGGGAAUCCAUUCAUGCUCUACAAAGAUUCCUGCAAUCGUAAAUCGAAUCACCAGCACCUUGGUACUCUUAAAUGCAGCAAUUUAUGCACUGAAAUUCUUGAGUAUACAUCUCCCGAUGAAAUUGCUGUUUGUAACCUAGCCUCUAUCUCACUCGGCAAAUUCGUCGAUCGGGAGCGCCAGACUUUCGACUUCGAAAAGUUGAGAUAUGUUACUAAAGUCAUCACCAAGAAUCUGAACAAAGUGAUCGAUGUCAACUUUUAUCCUCUUGAGGAGGCUCGACGUUCGAAUAUGCGUCACCGACCAAUCGGUAUAGGUGUUCAAGGCUUAGCAGAUGCCUUUAUGCGUAUGCGUUUCCCUUUUGAAAGCUCCGAGGCAAGGGAACUAAAUAAGCUCAUCUUUGAGAACAUUUAUUUUGCUGCCCUUGAAGCCAGUUGUGAACUUUCUGCCCUUCUUGGUCCCUAUUCCAGCUACGAUGGUUCUCCAACUAGCAAAGGCAUCUUGCAACCGGAUAUGUGGGGGGUUGAUACUGAAAAACUCACUAUUUCUGGUCUAAACUGGUCUGGCCUGAGAUUAAAGAUCAAAGAGCAAGGUCUGCGCAAUAGUUUGCUAAUAGCACCUAUGCCAACUGCAUCAACGGCACAAAUACUAGGAAACACCGAAUCCACUGAACCCUUGACAAGCAAUGUCUUUUCAAGAAGAGUCCUCUCUGGGGAAUUUCAGAUUGUCAGUCCCUAUUUACUCCACGAUUUAAUAAAACUGGGAAUCUGGUCGGAGGAGUUGAGGCAAGUUAUUGUAGCUAAUCAAGGCUCUAUUCAGCACAUAGAGGGUAUCCCAGCUGAUGUCAAGCUAUUGCACAAGACGGUUUGGGAGAUACCUCAAAAAGUUAUUAUACAGAUGGCGGCUGAUCGCGCUCCUUUUAUUGACCAAAGCCAAUCCCUUAAUCUCCACUUGGCUCAACCUAACUACGGAAAGAUAACAAGCAUGCAUUUUUUUGCCUGGAAA